AUGGAUGAAACAACUAGUCAUCACUGGUAUUUUGCAUAUGGCUCCAAUAUGUCCCUCUCGGUCCUGACAGGCCGGCGCAGUAUCAAGCCAUUGAAGGUUGAAUUGGUCUCUAUACCCAGUCAUGUGCUGUGCUUCAAUGUUCCUGGAAUGCCGUAUACGGAACCUGCAAUGGGAGGGAUCUCGGAAAAGCAACACAAAGGACAGGAGUCGGUAACUGGGGUGGCUUACAUGCUUACGGAUGAUGACUUCUCUCGGUUGGUGGCUAGCGAAGGAGGAGGGAUUGCAUAUACUCUAGUGCAGCUAGAUUCCCUCUCCUUGCGUGACGGUUCCACAAUUCCUAUAAACACAUUUACGGCUCGAAGGCCUGUUUCAAUUGGAAAGCAACGACUUCCAUCCGAAAGAUACAUGGGAUUGCUGAUCAACGGCGCCAAAGAGCAUGGCCUUCCACCAUGUUAUAUCGCCCGUUUAGUAGUUCAACCAACCUUCCGAGCUGGGACAACACGACGAUGGAUUCUCGGGCGAUGGCUAUUUAAUCUACUAUGGCAACCAGUCAGUCGUUGGAUCCAAUGGGGAGUUCGAACGUACAUGGACAGUUCAGGUCACGUACCGACCUGGUAUUUGACGGGUUUCGACUUUCUACUCGAUCUGAUGUGGGCGCAGCACGAUUAUUUGCAUCGAUUUCUAUGGGGUCGUGGGGACGGUCUUCAAUGA